AUCACUCAUCUAUGUCCUUCCAGACACACACACACACAGACACACAUACACACACACACACACACGCGCACACACAUUUCAGUCUGUCUGUGCUGGCUGCACAGACACUUGGCGUUAACGGGUCCACAUUUCUCCAGCGGGUCCUUUAAUCCAGGGGGCAAAGCAGCAACAAUGACGGACGCAUCCACCAACAUGCGACUGAAGCUGCCCAUCGUCUGCUUCAUCCUGCAGAUCAUCCUCAUCAUCCUCUUCGGGGUGCUGGUCCAGUACGACGAUGAGGUGGACGCCAAGAAAUGGCACAAGGGCAACCACUCAGACUACGAUAACGACUUCUACUACCGCUACCCCAGCUUCCAGGACGUUCACGUGAUGAUCUUCAUCGGCUUCGGCUUCCUGAUGACCUUCCUGCAGCGCUACGGCUUCAGCAGCGUGGGCUUCAACUUCCUGAUAGCCGCCUUCGCUCUGCAGUGGGCCACGCUCAUGCAGGGAUUCUUCCACGGCAUGCACGCCGGAAAAAUACACAUCGGAGUAGAGAGCAUGAUCAAUGCCGACUUCUGUACGGGCUCCGUGUUGAUCUCCUUCGGGGCGGUUCUGGGCAAAACCAGUCCCAUCCAGCUCCUGGUGAUGGCGCUGUUUGAGGUCACGCUGUUUGCGGUGAAUGAGUUCAUCCUGCUCUCCGCCCUGGGGGCCAAGGAUGCAGGCGGCUCGAUGACCAUCCACACCUUCGGGGCCUACUUUGGACUGAUAGUGGCUCGAGUCCUGUACCGACCCAACCUGGACAAGAGCAAACACCGAAACAGCUCGGUGUACCACUCGGACCUCUUCGCCAUGAUCGGUACAAUAUACCUGUGGAUGUUCUGGCCCAGCUUCAACUCAGCCGUCACGGCCCACGGCGACGACCAGCACCGCACGGCCUUGAACACGUACUACUCGCUGGCCGCGUGCACGCUGUCCACUUACGGCAUGUCUGCCCUCACCGCGCACGACGGAAAGCUGGACAUGGUCCACAUUCAAAACGCGGCUCUGGCCGGCGGCGUGGCUGCGGGCACCGCGGGCGAAAUGAUGCUCACGCCCUUCGGAUCCAUGAUCGUCGGCUUCCUGGCCGGAAUUAUCUCCGUGCUGGGAUUCAAGUUCCUCUCUCCCAUCCUGGAGGAGAAGCUGAAGAUCCAGGACACGUGCGGCGUUCACAACCUCCACGGCAUGCCCGGCAUCCUGGGCGCCAUCGUGGGCGCCGUCACCGCCGCCGUGGCCUCCUCGGACGCCUACGGAGACGGCAUGGCCGACGUGUUCCCGGACGUGGCGAGUGGCGACGUGGACGCGUCCUUCCAGGGCGUCCGGCAGGCCAUCUCCUUGGCGGUGACCCUGGGCAUGGCCCUGCUGGGGGGGCUCAUCGUCGGCUUCAUCAUGAAGUUGCCAGUGUUUGGUGCACCUCCUGACACCCUCUGCUACGAGGACAGCAUCUACUGGGAGGUUCCUGGAGCCGAGGAGGGCCACGAGGACCAGCUGACCACUGUCAUAUCUGCAGAGACUGAGAAACUCAACGGCUAAACAUGCACAGGCACACACGCGCGCGCACACACACACACACACACACACACACACACACACACACACACAGACACACACACCCACACCCACACACAGACACACGCACACACACACAGAAAUUAGUGUGCAUAAUAAUGCCUGCGGUGCUCCACUUGUCAAAGGGACAUUUCCUCUCCAAAAGGACAUGAAGAACAAAAGCAGCAGGCUUCCACCUUUAGGUGGCGCUAUGCUUCAGGCCUGCUUGGGAAGUGAGACGCUUUGAUAACGGGUGCCAGUCAAUCCACAAAGUGGGCCACAGCACAUCAAUGCUCACUGUUGAAUCGCCACACCAAAGAGCAGCCAAUUUCCUUCACUCAAAUAUUUUUAUUAUUCCAAAGGUCGGGGGUUUUAUUUGAUAUUUUUCCUACUAAACUAGUACAACCUUUUUUUUUUUUUAUUGGUCCUUAGUGUUUUCUUAACCUCUGAAUAUUCCCAUUUGUAUUCUAGUGUGUGUUUUUUAAGGCAAGGUAUUAUUUUUGUCCAAAUAAACCUUUUGAAUGUGUAAUGGUGGUGUCGUAUUAAAUUGCACACAUUUUGCUAUGCCAAGACAGUGAAGGCCUGUUUAUUGUGGGGGGGAUACGUUUCAUUUAUCACUCCCAGUUGAAGUUUAUUGUAAAAGUAACACAUAAAACACAAGAACAAACAUUGUAUAUUGUACACUUAACAGCAUAAUGGCCCAAGUCAUUUUUAACUUAACUGUCAUAAUAUAAAUAAAAAAUGUACUUUG